AUGCCGAGGUUGGACAUCAAGGGCAACGACAAGAGCUCCGUCCUUAAGAUCAGCAGCAGGACAGCCAAGGUCACCAAAUACUCCGACUUGCAGUCUGACUCCGACUCCGAUGUUGACUUGAAAGCUUCCCAAGCCAACAGCCCUGCUAUUCAAGCUGCCCUGUCACCGGAGAGUCAGAGCCUGAUGGAGAAGAAGAGGGAGAAGGAGAAAGAGAAGGAGGAUACUCCAGCCUCCCUGUUAGCUUCGACUUCAGCUCAGCUUCUGGAUGAGUCGCACAGUCAGGACGGCAGGAGCUCUCCUCCCCGUGGAGCGCCUGUCGUAGGCAGGAGACCGAUGGGGAUGGAGUUUCAUAGCCUGGGGUUUGAGGAGAGAGCUCCUCCCGUCCUCCACUCCGAUUCAGGUCCUGCCAAGAUGGAAGCAAGCAGCAAGCUUUCCUUCCCAUCCUCCUCCUCCUCCUCCAUCCAACCUCCUCGGACCCUGCCAAAGCAGGUCGUGAAUCUAAGGGACGAGGACGAGGACGAGGACGAGGACGAGGACGAGGAGUCUUCUAGCAGCGAUCGUUAUGCUUCGACGCCACAGAGCAGCAGGGGAGGAGUACCCAGCAUACACUUCUCGAUGAGGGGCCAGGCGUCGAGCGGGAAGGAAUCUACGAGGGGGAACGAGAGCAAAAGCUCCCUCCUCCUCCCCUCCCACCUCACCGUCUCUCUCGAGCACGCCCCCAACAUCUCCCCCGGCAGGAUCGAGAAGCGUCUCACCGGGGGGUCAACUGGCCAGCCCCCCGCCCUCUACCCGCUCAGCGACCCUCCGAGGCCCCCGGGCGGGCAGCAGCAGGAGAAGCAGCUGAAGGAAGUCCAGCUGAAGGAAGUCCAGCUGAAGGAAGUCCAGCUGAAGGAAGUCCAGCUGAAGGAGGUGGCUGAGCUGACGCGGCAGCUCAAUGAGGCACAAAGAGAGCUCGCGGUGUUGAGACGACAAGUAGCUCAGGCAAAGAGUGUAUCCUCCAAGGCGACUCAGACGGAGCCGCUAGCCACGACAACGUUCACAUCUGGACGAUAUUCUCCUCCUGUCUGUCCUCUUCCUGAUUUUCUUGCUCCUCCUAUUCUUGGCCACCCGAUGGAAGGAGGACUACAUCGUUGCUCCUGCUCCCUCGGAGAGGAAAAGCGAGACGUCUCCGUCCUCUCGCUCUCCAGCAUCGGCGAGAGGAGAAGACCGAAUGUCGAUUGA